CAGCGUUUGCAGCCUCCAUGUGAGCCGGGGAGGCGGCAGCCUGAGCAGCAGCUCUGGGCACCAUGAGCCUCACCGAGGAGCAGGUGCGGAGCUUCCUGGAUGGGAACCCCAGCUUCGCCCACGAGUACUUCGGGAAGAAGCUGAGCCCCGAGAAUGUGGCUGGGGCCUGCGAGGAUGGGCGUCUGGUGGACUGUGACAGCUUGCGUGAGCUGUGCCAGGUAGAGGAGAGCGUGGCGCUGUUCGAGCUGGUACAGGACAUGCAGGAAAGCAUCAACAUGGAGCGCGUGGUCUUCAAGGUCCUGCGGCGCCUGUGCACCAUCCUGCAUGCCGACCGCUGCAGCCUCUUCAUGUACCGCCAGCGCAACGGCGUGGCCGAGCUCGCCACGCGGCUCUUCAGCGUGCAGCCGGGCAGCCUCCUGGAGGACUGCCUGGUGCCCCCCGACUCUGAGAUCGUCUUCCCACUGGACAUCGGGGUUGUGGGCCACGUGGCUCAGACCAAGAAGAUGGUGAACGUGCCGGAUGUGGCAGAGUGUCCCCACUUCAGCCCAUUCGCUGAUGAGCUCACCGACUACGUGACAAGGAACAUCCUGGCCAUGCCCACUAUGAAUGGCAAAGAUGUCAUGGCUGUUAUCAUGGCCGUGAAUAAGCUCGAUGGCCCGUGCUUCACCAGUGAAGAUGAAGACAUUUUCACAAAGUACCUGAAUUUUGCCACAUUAAAUCUGAAGAUCUACCACCUCAGUUACCUCCACAACUGUGAGACUCGCCGAGGCCAGGUCCUGCUCUGGUCAGCCAACAAGGUGUUUGAGGAGCUGACGGACAUUGAAAGGCAGUUCCACAAGGCCUUCUACACCGUGCGGGCCUACCUGAACUGUGACCGGUACUCAGUGGGCCUCUUGGACAUGACCAAGGAGAAGGAAUUCUUUGAUAUAUGGCCAGUGCUGAUGGGGGAGGCCCAGCCGUACUCGGGCCCACGCACCCCCGACGGCAGGGAAAUUGUCUUCUACAAAGUCAUUGAUUACAUCCUCCAUGGCAAGGAAGACAUCAAGGUCAUUCCCACACCCCCGGCAGAUCACUGGGCCUUGGUCAGUGGCCUCCCAACCUACGUGGCAGAAAGUGGCUUUAUCUGUAACAUCAUGAAUGCCUCUGCAGAUGAAAUGUUCGCUUUUCAGGAGGGGCCUCUGGAUGAUUCCGGGUGGGUCAUCAAGAACGUGCUCUCCAUGCCCAUUGUCAACAAGAAAGAGGAGAUUGUGGGGGUGGCGACCUUCUACAACAGGAAAGAUGGGAAGCCCUUUGAUGACCAUGAUGAAGUUCUCAUGGAGUCCCUGACCCAGUUCCUGGGCUGGUCGGUGCUCAACACGGACACCUACGACAAGAUGAACAAGCUGGAGAACCGCAAGGACAUCGCCCAGGACAUGGUUCUGUACCAUGUGAGGUGUGACAAGGACGAGAUCCAGGAGAUCCUGCCCACCAGGGAACGCCUGGGGAAAGAGCCCGCCGACUGCGAGGAGGAGGAGCUGGGGAGAAUCUUGAAGGAAGAGCUGCCGGGGCCCACCAAGUUUGACAUCUAUGAGUUCCAUUUCUCUGACCUGGAGUGCACUGAGCUGGAGCUGGUCAAGUGCGGCAUCCAGAUGUAUUACGAGUUGGGCGUGGUCCGCAAGUUCCAGAUUCCCCAGGAGGUUCUGGUGCGGUUCCUGUUCUCCGUCAGCAAAGCCUACAGGAGAAUCACCUACCACAACUGGCGCCACGGCUUCAAUGUGGCCCAGACCAUGUUUACACUGCUCAUGACAGGCAAACUGAAGAGCUACUACACAGACCUGGAGGCCUUCGCCAUGGUCACCGCCGGCCUAUGCCAUGACAUCGACCACCGCGGCACCAACAACCUGUAUCAGAUGAAAUCCCAGAAUCCCCUAGCCAAGCUGCAUGGCUCCUCCAUUUUGGAGCGGCACCAUCUGGAGUUUGGCAAGUUCUUGCUGGCAGAGGAGAGCCUGAAUAUCUACCAGAACCUGAACCGAAGGCAGCAUGAGCAUGUGAUCCAUCUCAUGGACAUUGCCAUCAUCGCCACCGACCUGGCCCUCUAUUUCAAGAAGAGGACAAUGUUCCAGAAGAUUGUGGACGAGUCCAAGAACUACGAGGACAAGAAGAGCUGGGUGGAGUACUUGUCCCUAGAGACAACACGGAAGGAGAUUGUCAUGGCCAUGAUGAUGACUGCAUGUGAUCUGUCUGCCAUCACCAAGCCCUGGGAAGUCCAGAGCAAGGUUGCUCUUCUGGUAGCCGCUGAAUUCUGGGAACAAGGUGACCUGGAAAGGACAGUCUUGGAUCAGCAGCCCAUCCCCAUGAUGGACCGGAACAAAGCAGCUGAGCUCCCCAAGCUACAAGUCGGCUUCAUCGACUUUGUGUGCACAUUCGUGUACAAGGAAUUUUCCCGUUUUCAUGAAGAAAUCCUGCCCAUGUUCGACCGACUGCAAAACAACAGGAAGGAGUGGAAAGCACUGGCUGAUGAGCAUGAGGUCAAAGUCAAGGCUCUGGAGGAGAAGAAGAAGGAAGAGGAGAAUGUAGCAGCCAAGAAAGUGGGCAUGGAAGUCUGCAAUGGUGGCCCGGCGCCAAAGUCUUCUACCUGCUGUAUCCUGUGAGCC